UCUCCAAAGAACUCUUCCUCCUCCAGAGAAGUGUCCACCUUAAAUGCAUUGGGAAGCCUUGUCAUGCCGAUGAAACUGAUUUCAUAAAGAGAGAUCCGGAAGCGGAAGGGGCCUUUACCAAAGCAUUUAGAAAACUUACAGAAAGGAAAUAAGUCUCUUCAGGCUGGGCAAUUUGUGUGGCAGCAUUCAUCCCUGGGACUGUGACCUCCUGGUCACUUACUCUUCUCCAAGAUGCAAUACCGAGAAGACGAUCCGAGUAUGGAGGAUGAAGAUGAUGACAUCUUCAGUGAAGGAAUUUCAACCAGACUCCCGGAAAUCAUGUUGGUAGGAUCUCAGUCAUUCUCCCCAGGAGGGCCCAAUGGGAUUAUUAGAAGCCAGUCCUUUGCUGGUUUCAGUGGUCUUCAAGAAAGGCGAUCCAGAUGCAAUUCCUUCAUUGAAAAUACUUCAGCACUCAAGAAGCCCCAGGCCAAACUAAAGAAGAUGCACAAUUUAGGAUACAAAAGUAACAGCCCUCCCAAAGAGCCUCAGCCUAAAAGAGUGGAGGAGGUCUACCGAUCCCUAAAGAACGGACUUGAUGAGUAUCUGGAGGUUCAUCAGACAGAAUUGGACAAGUUGAAUGCUCAGUUAAAAGACAUGAGAAGAAACUCUCGCCUGGGUGUUCUAUAUGACCUAGAUAAGCAAAUCAAAACAAUUGAAAGAUACAUGAGACGACUGGAGUUUCACAUUAGUAAGGUUGAUGAACUCUAUGAAGCCUAUUGUAUCCAAAGACGGCUCCAGGAUGGUGCUAGCAAAAUGAAGCAAGCAUUUGCUACCUCCCCAGCCAGCAAAGCUGCCAAAGAGAGUUUAUCUGAAAUCAACAGGAGCUACAAGGAAUAUACUGAGAAUAUGUGCACCAUUGAAGCGGAGCUGGAGCAUCUUCUGGGGGAGUUUUCCAUCAAGAUGAAAGGUCUGGCUGGCUUUGCUCGGCUCUGUCCCGGAGAUCAGUAUGAAAUUUUCAUGAAAUAUGGCCGGCAGCGGUGGAAACUAAAAGGCAAAAUAGAAGUGAAUGGCAAACAGAGUUGGGAUGGAGAAGAAAUGGUUUUCCUGCCCUUGAUAGCUGGAUUGAUUUCCAUUAAGGUCACAGAACUCAAAGGGCUUGCAACUCAUAUCCUAGUGGGAAGUGUCACCUGUGAAACAAAGGACCUUUUUGCAGCCCGGCCUCAGGUGGUAGCUGUUGACAUCAAUGAUCUUGGGACCAUCAAAUUAAAUUUGGAAAUCACUUGGUAUCCCUUUGAUGUGGAGGACGUGACCUCAUCCACAGGCAAUGGGAAUAGGGCCUCAGCUCUCCAGAGGAGAAUGUCUAUGUACAGCCAAGGCACUCCAGAAACCCCUACCUUCAAGGAUCACUCAUUUUUUUCUAAUCUUCCUGAUGACAUCUUUGAAAAUGGAAUGGCAGUUGAGGAAAAAAGGCCACUGUCACUCAGUUUUUGUGACUUGCCCAAUGGGGACUGUGCCUCUUCUUCUAAAUCAAGUGGCUCCUCUACCAACAUUGGUCAGUCGAAUCCAGAAAUUACUGUUACCCCAGCAGAACAAAACCUCAGCAGCGUGGCCUCCCAUACCUCCCCUGUGGAUGAUACUGGUCCAGGGUCUUCCAGAAAUUCCAUAAUGGAAGCCCAGGAUGCAGAGCUGCCACUGGAGCACACACAGGAUCACCAGAAAGUCCCCACAGCUGCUUCUGAAGUGUGCCAACAAACACCAGGCCCAGGUGGUGACAGCCUGUUCCUGGAGAAUGAUGUUGCUGUAUCACUUCUGCAAGAUUCAGAUGAGGUAUCCGAGCUGAAGCCUGUGGAACUGGACACCUUCGAAGGAAACAUCACCAAACAGCUUGUUAAGAGGCUUACCUCAACAGAGGUGCCAGUGAUCCCUGAGAGGCUCCAGUUUGAGGGCUCAGUCAGUGGAGAAUCAGAAGGCUGUAGAUCCUUCUUAGAUGGGAGCUUAGAGGAAGCCUUCCAGGGGCUUUACCUAGCGUUAGAACCCCAUAAAGAGCAAUAUAAAGAGUUCCAGGAUUUGAAUCAAGAGGUGAUGCACCUGGAUGAUGUUCUCAAAUGCAAGCCAGCAGGAAGCCGCAGCCGGUCUUCCAGUUUAAGUCUUACAGUUGAGAGUGCUUUAGAAAGCUUUGAUUUCCUGAACACCUCUGACUUUGAUGAGGAGGAGGAUGGUGAGGAGGUUUGUAAUGUUGGAGGAGGUGCUGACUCAGUAUUUUCAGAUACUGAGACUGAGAAAAAUAGUUACAGAUCAAUACACCCCGAGGCCAGGGGGCAUCCUAGUGAAGCGCUGACAGAAGACACAGGAGUCGGUACCAGUGUAGCAGGAAGCCCUCUUCCCCUGACCACAGGAAAUGAAAGCCUUGACAUCACCAUAGUUAGGCACUUGCAGUACUGCACCCAGCUUAUACAGCAAAUUGUAUUCUCGAGCAAAACUCCAUUUAUAGCAAGAAAUCUCUUAGAGAAGCUCUCUGGACAGAUCCAAGUGAUGGAGAAACUUGCAGCUGUCAGUGAUGAAAAUAUGGGGAACAUCAGCUCUGUCAUAGAGGCUAUCCCAGAAUUCCAUAAAAAGUUGUCACUCCUAUCUUUUUGGACAAAAUGCUGCAGCCCUCUGGGAGUCUACCACACCUCAGUUGACUGGAUGAUGAAACAGCUCGAGAUCAACUUUGCCAGAACCGUCAACAAAGAACACCCAGGACUUGCAGAAACAGCAUUUCGAACACUCAUAUCUCGAAUUCUGGAUCGGACAGAGCCUUUGCUUUCCUCCAGCCUCACCUCCGAAGUCAUCACCGUUUUUCAGUAUUAUCAUUACUUUGCCAGCAAUGGUGUGAGUGACCUGGAGGCUUACUUAAUUCAGUUGGCUAAGCAAGCCACAAUGGUUCAAACUCUGCAGUCAUUGAGAGAUGAAAAGCUGCUACAGAACAUGACUGAUCUCACAGCCAACAACCUUCCAGUCCAGCAGGAAGUAUUCCGAGCCCUGGCUUUUCUUCUGACUGAAAACAAUGAUGAGAUUAGUCAGGCUGUGACACUGUAUUUGGCAGCAGCAUCCAAAAAUAAGCAUUUCAGGGAAAAGGCUUUACUGUACUACUGUGAGGCACUGACAGAGACAAACCUCCACCUUCAGAAAGCAGCAUGCAUGGCACUGAAAAGCCUCGAGGCUACUGAAAGUAUUAAGAUGCUGGUAAGUCUGUGCCGGUCUGAUAAUGAAGAGAUCAGAAAUGUGGCAUCUGAAACACUGCUCUCUCUUGGAGAAGAUGGGCGGCUGGCGUAUGAGCAGCUGGAUCAAUUUCCUCGAGACUGUGUGAAGAUUGGAGGUCGUUAUGGAAAUGAAGUUGCUACUGCUUUCUAACGACUUACUAACACUCUGCCUGAUGUUUAAGGGCCAUGGCAUCCGGCCUUCCUGCCUAGGAUGGUGCUGUCAUUUAGCUGGGGAAGACGAAGCAAUGGAGGAAUCCUAUCGAAGAAGUAUAGAGACUUGAUAUUUAGGGUACAAAUUCUAGUCAAUUUCUGUCACUUUUUUCCUUUACCUAACGGUAGGGCAGGCCUCUGAGUGGGUAGACUGUAUUGUUGAUGGCUCCUGGCAACACCCAGUAUAAUUCAGUCUCAUCUGGCAUAGAUGGUAUUUUAAAGAUGGGCAUCUCCACUUUUUACAUGCAUUGUAUUUUUUUACUGGAAGUUUUCCUGUAGGCUUGAAAUAUUCACGUCACUCUUUAUCUCAACAAAGGAAAAGUGGACUCAGUAAGUAGGGACUAACUGAACAAGAGGGGGUUUUGUUUUGUUUUGUUUUUUACUACAAGCUGUAAUAAAUGUCAGCUUCUUCGUGGUCUUCUCUCCAUAAUGGACUCAGGGUUGAAUUACCCCCUUGGCUAUCUAAUGUCCUUCAGAAGAGCACCAAAAGGACUUCCACAAAUAGAUUAGCCUGAAAGCUGAGCGGGAUGUUAGCUUAUCAACUUAAUUUUUGAAUGUCCGUAUAAUCUUUUACUUCCUUUUUUCAGUCACCCCACUGCUCCUCAAUAAUUUGCAAAUUUAAUGUCUGUUCUACUGAAAAGUCAAGUUGUUAUCUAAGACCUACAAAUUAAAGUUAUACCCACUCAUAUGUAUAUAUAUUCAAUUAACUUAAGAAAAUUUCAAAAUUAAUUUGCUUUUGGAUCAAGAAGAAGGAGAUGUUUCACUCUUCCAAGUAUAUUCUGGGGUGUUUUGUCACUAGCAUAUGCCGGAACUAAAAUCAGAAGGGUGCUUGUGAUGUGGGAUGUGCUUGGGGGGCUGGCAGAGAUCCUUGGCUCCGGGACGAAAGUAGGGGGAAGGAUGGUAGGGUGUCUUUGACCCUCAUAGGGUUUAUGAAGCAAGGUCAAGGCAAGAUACCCACCAUCCAGAGAUACCUCAUCUAUGUCUGUAUCCAGAGGCAGCUUCACUGUAGGUGUGAGACAGCAACUUGCUAUGUUUACUGCUAAAUCAGGGUGCUCAGUUAGUGUGAGAUGGUUAAAGCAGAUUAUAUUAAGUAAUGACAGUCUUGUCUCCCUAAAAGUAUGAAAAGUAGGAUAUGCCAAGGUAUUUCAUCAGUCCUUAAAGUAUUAAAAGGAAUACUCAUGAGUGUAAUUAAAGCUCCAAGAUCCAAACUGUACUGUAGACACUUGGUACAGUACUCUGUUUAGAUGUCAGUUUAACUCAACAAAUUUUUAAUAUAGUUUUAAAAAAGCAUUUCAUUUAAAAAUGGAAAUUGUUUGCCAGACUUCCUGGUAAAUCACUGUUUCAACUGUGAAUGUUAUAAUGAUGUAUAUAUUUGUAAAUUUAUAAAUACCACAUAUAUAUAUAUCCUUUAUUGAAAAGAUACAUUUGUAUAGUCUAAUAUGUUUACUUGUUUAAAGGAUGAGAUGGUUCUUAUGGAAAGUAAAAGCAUAAUGUUAAAAGCUGUUUUGAGGUUUUGGGGUUUUUUUAUAUUAUGUCUACUGCAUGAGCUGAUGAUUCCAGACCUUUUUGUACUGACUGGCUUUUUUGGUGGGGAGGGGCUUCUAGUUUUGUGGCAUUUGUAUUCAUUACUCUCAUGAUCACAUAAAUUAUAAUAAAGAUUAUUUUUGAAUUACUAA